AUGGAUCUCCGCAUUCAAAUCCUAUCGUCAAUUCUGUUCGCAAUUUUGGUAAUUUGUAAUGUGGUUGUGCAUAAUGUUGAGGCGAGGGAAGGCGGUUUCUUCUCCCCUCCUGUUUUUUACAGCCCUCCUGUGAAAGAAAACGCCCGCCCUUACCCGGAUCCCAGAGAGUAUUACCCCACGGGUAGGGAGAACAAGUACAAUAGCUAUUCCGGUGAAGGGCAGGGCAACGGUUACGGAAAUGGUGCGGGUGAAGGUGGCGGCUACAAAGAGGGUGUCAAUGGUUACGGUAAAGGCGCUGAAUACACUACACAAAACGGCGGCGGUGCGGGUUACGGCGGAGAGGCUUUUGGCAAUGGCGGCGGGUAUGGCUCGGGCGAGUGGCACGGUUCUAACGGCGGCGGCGGCUCUCGAGAGGGUGGGCAAUACGGCGGUUACAACACCGAGUUUGGCAACGGUAAUCGCUACGGCACAGGGUAUGGUGCCGGCUUCGGCAAUGGUAACGGAGAAUACGUUCCUAACAACGGUUAUAAUCAGGAAAAUCCUUAG